UCUACGAAUUUAAUUUUGUAAAUUCCAAAAAAAUAAUAUAUUUUGCUUUUAAAAUUGCUAAAACAAAACAGUUCACAAAAGCACAAGUGAAAAUGCAUUGAAUUUAAUAAAAUCAAAUAACAAUUGUAAACCGCAAAUAGAUGAAAUUUGCAAAAAAGCCAACGAAAAAAAACUUUCACACUGUACUUGUGUUUUUUUUUUAAUGAGUGAAAGAAGAGUGUAAAAAAAAGAAGCUACUGCAACAACAACUAAAAACAAACGUUGAUACAUAAAAGGCGUUCCAAAUGAGUGACCAAUAUAUGAAAGAAAUAUUGCGUGUGGCGGUGGCACAAAUUUGUCAAACCAUAGGGUAUAAUGCCACACAAACUGCACCUUUGGAGCUGUUACAAGAUGUAUUGGAUAAAUUUCUUAGAGAAUUUACUAGAGACUUAAGGCGCCAGGUGGAACAUUAUAAUCGUACCGACGCAAAUUUAAAUGAUGUGACCUUGACCUUGAGUAGCAUCAAUGUUAAUUUAAAUGAACUAUUGGAUUAUGUGAACAAUGUGGAGCCAGUACCAUUUGCCUUGGAAGUGCCAAAAUUUCCAGCACGCAAAGAUUCUUCUUUGAAUUUCUUAAAACCGGGAAGUAAAGAAGUGCUGACUAGACCAGUGCAUGUGUUUGAUCAUUUGCCGCCUAUGUUGCCACCGGAAAUAACACAACAACCAGAACCAGCGUUGGCCAGCAUUUCAAAUAAUUUAACAGACACGAAAUCAUUUCAAGACAAUUUAUCAACUAAUGGCCAGGGAGAUCAUAAUAAUGAUGGCGGAAAUUCAUCUUUAAAUCCUAGUACAGUUUUAGAUAAAACUACUUUGCAAUCAUUGUUCAAGCCCUCAACAAACUUUGAAGACGGCGAAAGACCUACUAGGGAAGUUAGUAGUGUGGUUAUGACCACAGGUGGUUAUAUAUCACCAGCCGUAGAGGGUAAAAUGCCGGAAGCCAUGGUACCCGAUAUAAUAGACAAGCUGUUGGGUUUGGAUGCUCCACCACCACCACCGCCGCCUCCCCCUCCUCCUCAAUCCAGACCAGCGUCACGCUCUGCUAACACUACACCCGGACCAGGUGCUAGCGAAAACUCAACAUCGGUUGUGGAAAAAUCUGUACCAGAACGUGAUGUUAUGCCCUCCACUAGUAAGGAGUCUAAAAAACAAGCCUUGGCCCGCAGCCUUGAACCCCAGCCGAUAUCAAGUCAAAGAAGGGAACUAGUUCGUGAUUUACCGGCUAAAAAGAAUAAAUUAUUUAACCUUUCACGAUCCACAUAUCCGCACGAUCUUCACAUGCAGCCGGUGGGCAAUUUCAAUAAAAAAUCAUUUAUGAUGCAUCAAAAUGCAGCCGGUAUGCAGACCCCCCAAACCAAUUAUGCCAAUAUGUUGUUGAAAAAGGCCAAAAAACAAAAGGUGCCCAUUAUGCCGGGUCAACCGCUAAACGAGAAACACAAUAAACCGCCCAUGAACGAUAAAAUGGGAAAAAUGGAUAAUGCCGACAAAGCCCAUAAAAAAUACAUGAAAAUGUUGCAAAAAAUGGCCAAACAAGGCAAAAUACCACCCGAGUUGUUAAGCAAUAUAAUGGGGCCGGAUAAAAAAUCGAAAAUGAUUAAUCCCGGCAUAGUGGCCAGCAUGCCACCGGGACCCGAAAAACUACAGCUGGAGAAAUUGCUGCGCAAACAGGCCAAGCAAAGGCAGAAAAUGCACAAGCAACAAAUGAUGUUGGAUGUGCAAAAGCAAUCGAAAAAACCACAACAACAGCCGCCGCCACUGGUACCCAUUUUCCCACCGCGCAUGACUGAACCGCUAAGUAAACCCUUGCAGCUGGAUUUGGAAGAGCAAAAGCUUAAAAUGGAUACCAAGGAUAUGUUGAAUAUAUCGCCUGUAAAAUCAGCUUUUGCAUCAAAUAUGGUGGCACCCACUGGCAACACACAAGCCAACCACUUGCCAGAAGCUUUGUUAGCUAAAACUCAUAAAAUCCCGGUUAUAAACGAAACUCCCCCAGUAGAUAUUAUGGCUGUAACGCCUAAACCUUUAUUAACACCAGAUGGCAAAGAACAUAAGCUAUCCAACGAGCCUGAUCGCUCCAAACUAAAUAUAUUCAAAAAGAUUUCCAAACAAAAGACACCGAAAUCCUCCUCGCCCACACCCUUGCGUGUGCCCGGCAUUAGCGAACCGCCUAUUAUAAAUUUGCCCUCGGGUACAACUAUAACACCAGCCCCCGGUCCCUCAAACUCCUCAAAUGCACCUUCCAAUUUGCCAGCUGUAUCACCUGUUGGCAGAAAUCUGUUUCCACCUUUAAACGAAAAUCCCGCGACUGGAGUUAACAGCAACAUUAUCAAUGUCGACGAUAUUAAAGACAAACCCCAUGUUGCAGCCAAUAUAAAUCCCAACCAACCCACCGACUUAAGCAUGCUCAAUCGUGUGUUUGGCGAAAAACCCCCCGAGGUGGAAUUGGUUAAUAAACCCAAGAAGAGAGGACGCAAACCGGGCAGCAAAAAUUCUCCCAAAAUACCCGGAGUAUUUCCCAAUAAUAUGCUAAAGAAAAACAGUAAAAAGAUGAAAUUGGAUAAUAGCCAGCUAUUUGUACCACAAAUGCCACCCCAGCUGCCAACAGACUUUGGUGCCGCCGGCAUGGGUAAUUUGUCUUUUGAUAAUAUGGCUCAAUUGUUUGGCAAUUCCAUGAAUCCCAUAGAAUGGGCUCAAAAUAAACACUUGCAGCAACAAAUGAUGAUAAUGGCUGGUGCCAAAGAACGCAAAGAACACAAGAAAAAGAACAAAAUGCUCAAGCAGGAUCUCUUAAAUAAUGACAACAAUAUGGCUACGCUAAAUAUGACAAAUCCAGCCUUGGGUGUACCCACCAAUGAAGAGGUGCAGUCGAUUAAUAAGAAACUUAUGCGUAUGGAUACAAUACUUAAAGCGGCUCCCACCAACACACACUCCUCCGACUUGAAUGUGGACACUAGUUUGAUAACAGGCAAAAAAUUACCAUCCCCGGCAAUGUUUCCCUCCUCUACGUCGCCUUUGAAAUCACCAGGCAAUUCGAAACGUUUGCUGACCGGCGCUGAGGCGGCCAUGGCCAGCAGUUUGGUGCAACCGUUUAUGUUGCCCAAUCGUCCGGCCUUCCCCAAUUUACCCAGCAACAUGUUAUCCAUGCUACAAUUUCCAUUUCCCACCCGUCCGGGUUUGAUUCCAACACCGGGUCUUUUUCCCACACCCGGUUUGGGAGCAUUUCCCAAUAAUCCUAAAAAUCCUUUAUUGCCUGGACUCUUUCCUUUUCCAAAUCUUAAGCAGACAAUGCCAGAUAAUGUGGCUAUGAAUCAAGAAUCUGAAGAUUUGACAACCGAUAAAAAGAAAUCGGACACGAAUUUACAGCCUGCUGAACGCAGCUACUGCAAUGUAGCCCCCUUGGUACCCGAUUUCCUCACAAAACUAAAUGAACAACACAUGAACUCUAGCAGCGGCAGCAGCAGCAAGCAUCUUCACGAGCCUCCGCAUGCCCAUGAACCAGAUUUACCAAAAACGCCCAAACCGCGCAAUUCACAUUCGAACACCUUGACACAUGACAAUUUGCUCAAGAAAAUGGUAGACGCCCAUACGCCCGAAAGUGCGGCCAGCAGCAUAAGUGGCAAAUCAAUACCCUCAACACCGGGAGGCAUGUCACUCAACACCUUUGAGCAGCUAAUGAAAAAGAAUGAAAGUCCCAUGGAUUUAAUGACACUUAAUAAACAAACGAAAUCUCUGUCGGGCUCCCAGGAAUCCGGUUUGGACUUUUCCAUGCAUAAGAAAUCAAAUCAUAAUCCGGCUGUAGGACCGGUGGGUGGUUUAAGCAUUAAAACACCCAUCACAUUGAAUAAUGAACCUAUAGAAGUGUCCGAUGAUUCAGAUGAAACAAAUCAACCACCAGUCCCGCCUCCAACAAAAACUCAACCGCCUGCUCCUCCCUUAGCAACUAAUCUAGCCAGUCAGCAUUCACACCACAGUAGCUUUAAUAUGGAUGAUAUAUUUGUGGCCAAUACCAGCAGCACUCACUUGCCACCCAAAACCAUAGAAACUGACAUGUCUACUAAAGAACUUAAAAAGCUUAAGAAACAAGUGAAAAAAUCUUCAUCCAGUAUUAAUGCCUCUCUAAUGAGUGCGGAUAAAACUGAAGGUCUAAACACUGGACCGUCAGCCUCUGGGGGAGUGGGUAAAUUAGCGGGUGGUGCAGAUUUAAUACCGCUGACUUCUACGGGUCUGGCCUAUUCGUCUAAAAACAUACCCUACAACAGUUUGACAGCCAAUGCAAAUCCCUCUUUCAAUUCCCAUAAAACUGACUAUACGACCACUACGGCAGCUUCAUCAGCGGCCACCACACCAUCGUCAUCCUCCGUGUUUGAUAAUCUAACAAUAACCGCCGCCAUUCCAGCGUCCUCGGGAGCCUCCUCUAACACGGUAUUCGACUUGCAAAAGAAACGCAAAGAGCAUAAAAAACUCAAAAAACUUAAAGAAUUCAAAGAUGGCAAAAUCAAAAAGAAAAAAGACAAAAAGGAUAAAAAUAAAAGUAAAGAAAAGGCCGAUAAAUAUUUGCAAACACAGACACAAAGCUCGCCGGCUAAAGAAAAGGAACCACCCGUCAUAGAAAUCAUACCCAAUACAGUAACACCCAUGGUAGUGGCUCACAGCAGCAGCAGUAGCGGCACGGAAAAAGUAAAAGAUAAAGAUUUAAUAAAGAAGCUGAAAAAAGAGAAGAAAAAAGAGAAACAACGUACGGUUUUAGAUGAAAUGACAACACAGAAUCCCAGUAGCUUGCAGACAGCGGCUGUGGCCAACUAUUUACCCAAUAAAGAGGCUACUGCAACAAGUACUGCUCAUGCAAUGCUUUCAGUGGACGUUGAACCACCCAAAAAGCAAAAAUUAUCGCCGGCGUUAAUUCAUUCCUCUGCAUCUGGUAAUGAACACAAUAAUGAAGCGCCCAGCAGCAGUAGUACGGCAACACCCACAGCCUCCAUAGUACCGAAAUUAACUUUAAAAUUAGGCUCCACCCACUCACCAACACCGCCGCGAGACGAUGGUCAUAAAAAUAGCGCUGCAGCCUCCUUGGUAACUUCACAGUCUGCUGCUGUUGUACAGCAGCCACCACCACCACCACCAAUGGCAGCUUCAUCGCCCUCUCGAGAACAUCAACGAGAGCCCUCACCCGAAUUGGCGCGCAUUUCACCAUUAGUGACGAGACCACCCAAGCAUAAACUUAAUACAAGUGGUGAAUUGGCAACAAGUUCGUCUGCAACGUCCAACAGCAUUUCGGCAGCAAAUGCUAGUUCCCUGGAAAUAGGCGAUAGUAGUAAAACUAGCUCUUCAGCCAAUCCCAAUAUGAUAGUACCACCACCCAGCCCCUGGCUAUCCGGUGGCACCAUAUCAGCCAGUUCGGUUUUGUUGCCACAUCAACUUUUGCAAACAACUAAACAACAUGAUAUGACGACGGCGCCGGCAAGUGCUGCCCACAAUACAGAUACCGCCGCCAAGACAGCCAGCACAGACAGACAAAGUCCCCUGACCCUUAUAACGGAAACAAGUCGGCCCUCUUCCUAUAUCAUGAAGGACGCUGAGGGUAAUCGGGUAUGGAUUUGUCCAGCCUGCGGUAAAGUAGAUGAUGGUUCACCCAUGAUUGGUUGCGAUGGUUGUGAUGCCUGGUAUCAUUGGGUUUGUGUGGGCAUAUUUGUGGCUCCCAAAGACAAUGAAGACUGGUUUUGUCGUGUGUGUAUAACACGCAAAAAGGGCCUUCAUGGCUCCGAUAAGAAACGUAAACGCAAUAAGAAAAAAUAAUUGUUUAUUAAAAAAAUACCCCUCCCAAAAAAAAAAUAGUUUUUAAGAAGUUGUAAACUUGUUUUUCAAUAUAAAAAAUCGUUAAUAUACCCACAAGUAUAUACAAAAAAUCAUUUGUAUUAUAACUGCAAGAAAAUUUAAAUUAUAAAAAGCAAAAAGUUAUAAACGAUGAACAAAAAAUAUAUAAUUGAUUUUAUGAUCAUAAUAAAAUAAUA